AUGUCCCUCAUUACCGUUUUAAUUUGUGUCCUCCCGGUUAUUAUCAAACUCUCCCAUGCUAGUCAAAGCGAUAUCUACUGCCUUUCAUCCGUAAAAGCUUCUUUGCAAGACCCAAACAACUACUUUGAAACCUGGAAUUUCGCCAACGGGACCCACACGCAAAUAUGCAACUUCAACGGCAUCGAUUGCUGGCACGAAAACGACAACAAAGUCUUAAACGUCAAACUCUCGGGAAUGGGUCUCAGAGGCGAAUUCCCGUUGGGCUUAAUAAAUUGUUCGUCCAUGACCGGACUCGACCUCUCUAGCAACGAGCUUCACGGACAUAUUCCGGUUAAUAUCUCCCGCUACAUUGGCCUACUCACUUCCCUCGACCUCUCAUCAAAUCAGUUCUCGGGCGAGAUUCCAGUGGAUCUUGCAAACUGCACUUUCUUGAACACACUCAAGCUGGACAAUAACCGGUUGACCGGUCAAAUACCUUCGCAGAUUGGUCAGUUGGGCCGGCUGAAGUCGUUCUCAGCUGCGAGGAACCAGCUGACUGGGCCUGUGCCUGGAUUUUAUAAUUCCACCGCCAUUGGAGCUGAGAGUUAUGAGGGUAACCCGGGCCUGUGUGGCGGGCCUGGGCUGAAUCUUUGCAUGGGCCCUGUGAAGAAUCGAAACCCGGCAAUCAUUGGGGGAAUUGUUGCUGGUGCUGCAGCUGGGGCUAUAGGUGUCGUUAUUGGUAUGUAUUUAUAUAUGCGUAAGAUGUCUCGGAAGAAGAGGAAGGAAGACGACCCUCUCGGGAACAAAUGGGCCAAGAGUAUCAAGGGUGCCAAGCACGUCAAGGCAAGGCAUUUUUACCUGUCGAUGUUCGAGAAAUCGGUCUCGAAAAUGAGCCUGAACGACCUCAUGAAGGCGACCAACGACUUCAGCAACGAGAACAUAAUCGGUUCGGGCCGAACCGGGACAAUGUACAAGGCCCAACUCCAAGACGGGACCUUCCUCACGGUCAAACGCCUCCAAGACACUCACCACUCGUCAAAGGAAUUCGUCUCCGAAAUGACAACCUUAGGGAACGUAAAACACCGCAACCUCGUCCCCCUCGUCGGCUACUGCCUCACCAAAACCGAAAGAUUCCUCGUCUACACCCACAUGCCCAACGGCACCCUCCACGACCUCCUCCACAACAAAGAAAAUGGGCCCGUCAUGGACUGGCCCACUCGUCUCAAGAUCGCCACACGGGCCGCGAAAGGCCUCGCGUGGCUCCACCACAGCUGCAACCCGCGCAUCAUCCACCGCAACAUCAGCUCAAACUGCAUCCUUCUAGACUCGGGCUUCGAGCCCAAGAUCUCGGAUUUCGGGCUGGCCCGAUUAAUGAACCCGGUCGACACCCACCUCAGCACAUUCGUCAACGGCGAGUUCGGGGAUUUGGGUUACGUGGCGCCCGAGUACGCGCGAACACUCGUGGCCACUCCAAAAGGUGACGUGUACAGCUUUGGGGUCGUGCUGCUCGAGCUGGCGACGGGAGAGAGGCCGACGCACGUGGGCCCGCGGGCCCACGAGGGGUUUAAAGGGAGCCUGGCAGAGUGGGUGUUGGGCCUUUCGGGGGAGUCGAGGCUGAGGGAGGCAGUGGACGGGUGCUUGGUGGGGAAAGGGUUCGAUGGGGAGGUUUAUCAGUUUAUGAAGGUUGCAUGUAGGUGUGUGGGCCCGGCCCAUAAGGAGAGGCCCACUAUGUUCGAGGUUUACCAGCUGCUGAGGGCGGUGGGGGAGAGGUACGAUUUUACGACGGAGGAUGAGGUGUUGGUGGUGCCGGAGGAGGAUGAGGAAGACGAGAAGCUCGUGGAGCUCAUUUGCAAACAUAACAUGUUGUCAUCUAACUAUUUCCAUGCUCCAUAUGCCCACAUUACCGUUUCAAUUUGUGUCCUCCUGUUUAUUAAACUCUCCCACGCUAGUGAAGCCGCUAUCCACUGCCUUUCAUCCAUAAAAGCUUCUUUGCAAGACCCAAACAACUACUUUGAAACCUGGAAUUUCGCCAAUGGGACCCUCACGCAAAUAUGCAACUUCAACGGCAUCGAUUGCUGGCACGAAAACGACAACAAAGUCCUAAACCUCAAACUCUCGGGAAUGGGUCUCAGAGGCGAAUUCCCGUUGGGCUUAAUAAAUUGUUCGUCCAUGACCGGACUCGAUCUCUCGAGCAACGAGCUUCACGGACAGAUUCCGGUUAAUAUCUCCCUCUACAUCGGCCUACUCACUUCCCUCGACCUCUCGUCAAAUCACUUCUCGGGGGAAAUUCCGGUGGACCUCGCCAACUGCACUUUCCUCAACACACUCAAGCUGGACAAUAAUCGUUUGACCGGUCAAAUACCUUGGCAGAUUGGUCAGUUGGGCCGGCUGAAGUCGUUCUCAGUGGCGAGGAACCAGCUGAGUGGGCCUGUGCCUGGAUUUUAUAAUUCCACUGCCAUUGGAGCUGAUAGUUAUGAGGGUAACCCGGGCCUGUGUGGCGGGCCUGGGCUGCCUCUUUGCAUGGGCCUAGCUGGUCCACGGACACUUGAUAAUGCGACAAUCAUUGGAGCUGCUGUUGGUUGUCCUUUGGGUUUCGCCCUCGGCUUUUGGUGCUAUUUAUACUGUACACGGUUCACAAACAAGAAGAGGCAGAAGAAGAAACAGAAGCAAAAGCAGCAGCAAAGAGAGUGUGAUCCUCUUUGCAACAAAUGGACCAAGAGUAUCAAACGUGCCGAACGAGUUAAGAUUUCAAUGUUUGGGAAAUCAGUUCCCAGAAUGAGCUUUCACGACCUCAUGAAGGCGACAAAUGACUUCAGCAGAGAAAACAUAAUCGUGUGCGGAAGUACAGGGACUACAUACAAGUUAGUCCUCCAGGACAGGACUUCUUUCCUGGUAAAACGGCUACGGAACAUUCACUACGCAGAGAAAGAAUUCGUAUCUGAGGUCGUGGCCCUAGGAAACAUGAAACACCGCAAUUUGACCCCACUCGUCGGCUUUUGUCUGACUAAGAAGGAAAGAUUGUUGGUCUACAAGGACAUGCCCAAUGGCACACUUCAUGACAAGUUGCACAUCUUGAAUGUUGGGGACAAGAUUAUGCAUUGGCCGCUAAGGCUCCAAAUUGCUUUGCGGGCUGCGGAAGGAUUCGCGUGGCUCCACAGCAUGGGCCUCGUCCAUGGAGAUAUCGACCCAAAAUGCAUUUUGUUGGACGAGGGUUACGAGCCCAGAAUAUCCGACUUUCUACCAACCAACCGUUUAAUCCUGAGACUAUCGAACUCUCAAGAAGGCGACGUCUACAGCUUUGGGGUCGUGCUCUUGGAGUUGGUGACGAGGGAAAAACUGACGUACGUGGCUAGAUUAGUCCCGGAUGAUUUUGGGGGAAAUUUGGUGGGGUGGAUUUUGGGACUAUCGAGCUCGUCUAAGCUUGAGGAUGUGGUCGAUGGGUUCUUGGUCGAAAAGGGUUUUGACGACGAGAUUCUCCAGGUUCUUGAAGUUGCUUGCGUUUGCAUGUCACCGAUUGAACGGGAGAGGCCAACGAUGCGUGAGGUGUGCCGACUUUUGAGAGGUGUUAGAAGAAGGUGCACGACCGAACAUGAGAUAUCGGUGUUGUCUGAUGACGAUGAGGAUGCCGAUCAUGAUGAACUGGUAGAAUUUGUCGUAGAUCGAGAUGUAUAAGAAAUUGGCUCCAUUAAACUGAGUUUCUUCGUAACAAAAAACCAAAAAUGGGAAGAAUGAUCGUUAUAUGUUGUUAAAAGAUGUUGUCGUUUAAUAUUUAUGCCCUUAUUUUUUUCAUUGAACUAA